AUGGACGUUAUUCUUUUGCCUGUCGUAGGUGAUAAAGUUUUGAUAUUUGAACUAGAUGAUAUAAAGAGUCUCAGGAAGCUUGAUAUACCGGGAGUUUUAGUUGGAACUUUACCGAAGUACCCACAACAAAAUUUAUUUUUAUCGAAACCCUUACAAUUGAGCUUUUACGAGACAUUAUGGCUAGUACAAUGGGGUUAUGGUAGAUUAAUUGAUAAUCGAGCUUACAAUGACCAAAUAUUGAAAGGAUCUAACAUAUCUAUGGAGGACAAUAUAAUUGAAAAUCAAGUUAUCACCAGAGAUACUCAAAUGACUAAUAAAAAUAUCGCUCUUGAGAAUGAGAUCAGCAUUGAACAGUUCAUUGAAAGAAAUUAUGACAGUUCUAAAGAACUAGAGGAUUUAAUCAAAACUUACAACAUCUUCAAAUACAUGAAAUCAUUAGGUUUUUUCAUUUCACUGGGUCUUAAAUUUGGAGGUGAAUUUUUAUGUUAUCCGGGAGAUCCUUUGAGAUACCAUAGUCAUUUGAUUGUCAACGCGUGCUCUACAGUAACCGACUACGAUUUAAUUACCGGUGGAAGGUUGGCGACAGGAGUUAAAAAACUAUGGGUGAUUGUUGAUGCAACAAAAGAUAAGCAUCAACCAAAGAAAGAAGAGGAUGGAAGGAUAUUUCCUAAUUUUACUGAAAGUUCUACAGUAGACUCCUUUUCGAUAGAGUGGGCGGGAUUCGGUUAA